UUUGAGUGAAACGACGCCGGUUAGUCUUUUUCAAAACCCCCAAUUGAACCACCAAUCCCGUCAACAAUGGAGUCAUACUCCGGCGCCGGUGGAGUUCCGGCACCACUAGUCAACAACGGUGCCUUUAUUCUUCCUGCUAGCAGGAACGACUCUUAUAGCUCCAGUAGUUAACUAUUGGUGGCCCCGCUUGCCAUCAAACUUAUCUCAACAGGCAUUUUCGAAGCAGUUUCUUCAAGAUCAACGGACUCUACGGGUCGCUCACCAGUCUCCAUCAUUGACCUACUGGUGGAACACGCAAAAAUGGUUUCCAAGUCUAACCUUAUCGCUCACAGCCCUGAUAUUUUUUCCCGCCAAGAUAGAGAACUCGAGCCGAUAUUUACAGCUGGCAGAGCAGGUGUUGAGGAACAAGUAAGACAACAAGGAGAAUACGAAUCUCUCCACCGUGAGUUGAACAUUGGAUUCGGUACAUGGGAAUUUGAUCCAACAGAAAUUGAAAACCCGUUUCCAGAAAACGAAGGUUCUGUUCAUAUAUGGCAGGGCGAUGAGGAUAUUCUUGUGCCCGUGACACUGCAACGGUAUAUAGCCCAACAACUUCCAUGGAUAAACUAUCACGAGCUCACGGGUGCGGGCCACAUGUUCCCGUAUGCUGAUGCGAACAGUGAUGCCAUCCUAAAAGCACUUCUACUUGGCCAAAGCAUUUCCUCAGUUACUUCAGUGGUUAUCAAGCAAAUCGAACGAGUUGACAAAAGACCUGGAAAUCCGUGCUUACUACAUCAGCUCAAAUUGCACCCAAUGAGAAUCAUUAGGUUGAUGAUGGUGCAGUUCUCAUGGUGCCAAAUUAGAUAUUAUUGUCGUUGGAGCACCCCACUGCAUAAUAAUUAGGAUGAAGUUUUAAAUCAUUGGCGGAUGUGAUUUGUUAGGCAAAAAUCAGAAGGGACCUAAGGUGAGAACUCGAGCGCCAGGUUAAAUACAUCUGGAAAUGAAACCCAAUAUCAAUAAAAUCAACACCUGCAUAUACACCUCAAAGAUCUUUUAAUUUUUAGAAUAUGCUCCAUCGAUGCUGUAGAAAUAGUGAGUCACUUGUAAGGUUUUAGAUUUGGACUUCAAAUUUGUUCGGAUACGUGUACUUCAUCACUGAAUUAUGUGUGUAUAUGUGAUAUACGAUGUUAACUUUGAAGGGUUCAUUUUCGGUUAA